GAUAUGUGCAUGGAGCCUGUUCUCUUCCUUCCUGGGUUCUGGAAGUUGAACUCGGGUCAUAAGUUUGCAUGGCGAGCACUCUUACUCAGUGAGCCCUCUUGCUAGCUCUAUGCACUAUUCAUAGGAGAAGGCCAAGGUACUUUACUCUGGUAGGAGUAGUUCUAGAGACUGCAGCGUUCUGAACCUCCACAUUCUCCACCAAAGACCUGGACACUGGUAUUCCGUCAUCUGUUGACAGGAAGCAACUGAGAGUCAAGAGUAUACAGUAGGAAGUUCCUGUUGAGAAGCGUAUCUGUGAUCACUUCCUUCUGGAAUUGCUGUUCUUGGUUGACACAGAAAUGAAGAGUUUCUUGGCUGAACAUUCACACAGAGGGGAUCAUUAUGACCCUGCCCCUACAGCAGUGUGAGCAGCCCUGCUUCAGCUGCACAGCCUCAAGCCCACAUCGUGGGAAGAAGGCCACUUCCUGGGGUGCUCUCCUGUUCGCACUGAUGCUGGCCUGCGUCGGCAGCACUGUCUUCUACAGGGAGCAGCAGACUUGGUUCGAGGGUGUCUUCUUGUCUUCCAUGUGCCCCAUUAAUGUCAGUGCCAGCACCUUUUAUGGAAUUAUGUUUGAUGCAGGCAGCACCGGAACUCGAAUUCAUGUUUAUACUUUUGUGCAGAGAACAGCAGGACAGCUCCCCUUUCUGGAAGGUGAAAUUUUUGAUUCUGUGAAGCCAGGACUUUCUGCGUUUGCAGAUCAACCCAAGCAGGGUGCUGAGACUGUUGAAGGACUCUUAGAGGUGGCCAAAGACUCAAUUCCCAGAAGUCACUGGAGAAGGACCCCGGUGGUUCUGAAAGCAACAGCCGGCCUGCGUUUGCUGCCAGAGCACAAAGCCCAGGCUCUGCUCCUGGAGGUAGAGGAGAUCUUCAAGAAGUCACCUUUCCUGGUCCCAGAUGACAGCGUUAGCAUCAUGGAUGGGUCCUAUGAAGGCAUCUUAGCGUGGGUUACUGUGAACUUCCUAACAGGUCAACUGCAUGGCCAUGGCCAGGAGACUAUGGGGACCCUUGACCUGGGGGGUGCCUCCACCCAAAUCACGUUUCUACCCCAGUUUGCGAAAACCCUGGAACAAACGCCUAGGGACUACCUCACUUCCUUUGAGAUGUUUAACAGCACUUUUAAGCUCUAUACACAUAGUUACCUGGGAUUUGGAUUGAAAGCUGCAAGACUGGCAACCCUGGGAGCCCUGGACACAAAAGGCACCGAUGGACGGACCUUUCGAAGUGCCUGUUUACCAAGAUGGUUGGAAGCGGAGUGGAUCUUUGGGGGUGUGAAAUACCAGUAUGGUGGCAACCAAGAAGGGGAGAUGGGCUUUGAGCCCUGCUACGCAGAAGUGCUGAGGGUCGUGCAAGGAAAACUCCACCAGCCGGAAGAGGUUCGCGGAAGCGCCUUCUAUGCUUUUUCCUACUACUAUGACCGGGCUGUCGAUACGCACUUGAUUGAUUAUGAAAAGGGCGGUGUUUUAAAAGUUGAAGAUUUUGAAAGAAAAGCCAGAGAAGUGUGUGAUAACUUGGAGAGCUUCACCUCUGGCAGUCCCUUCCUGUGCAUGGAUCUCAGUUACAUCACAGCUUUAUUAAAAGAUGGCUUUGGCUUUGCAGAUGGCACCCUCUUACAGCUCACAAAGAAAGUGAACAACAUAGAGACUGGCUGGGCCCUGGGGGCCACCUUUCACCUGCUGCAAUCUCUGGGCAUCUCCAGCUGAGGCUGAGCAUGUCCUCUGAAGCCUGCAUAUCUGAACAACUUUGUUUUUACAGGAAGGAGCGGACUCAGGCAUUUUCUGAGCUACUCUGUGGAAAGCCCGGACUGAAACCCAUUAGCCGGCUUUAUUAGGAGGGAGGAGGUUUUAUAGAUGACUCUUGCCCCUUGAGCCUAGUGAUUUGGGCUUAAUUAAUUUUGCACAUCUAAUGUGAACAUCUCCCUACCCACUUGGCAGGUGUACAGCUGUCACCAGAGUGUAAAUCUUUUGAGGUUCUUUAUAUGUCACAGAGUCCUGUGGGAGGAAGGGGGGAAGAAUAGGUUUGGAACUCCAUGUUAGAUUGGGAGUUCAGAGACAGGUCCUUGGGAACCAAAGGAAAAAAAUCUCAUUUCAACCCUUGGAGUGCCUCAUUCCUUUGAAUGUGUUAGUUUUUUGCUUAAAAGCUAAAUGAAGUUGACUUACUGAAGUCCCAUAACCUAUCAA